GCUCCCGCCCAUCCGCCCCCCCGCCGCCGCCGCCGCCCCGCGACAGCGGGAGGUGCAAACCGGCCGCCCCCCCGACCCCCGGGGCGCCGCCAUUUUCCCGCGAGGAGAGUACUUCCCGGUGUCGCUAGCCACAUGACCUCACUGCCCACGUGACACCACUCGACCAAUCAGGAUGCCGCACUCUAGCUUCCCCCGCCCAUCGUUUAAGAGGCGCGGGCAGGGCAUGACCUGGACCCAACCACCUUCCCGCGCGGGGGCGGAGGGGGAGGGCGUUUCGCUCCGUUGUAGGAGGGGGCGCGCGCCACUGCGGGGGUCUGACCAAUACCAUUCCCGCAGGGCGGGGGGUACGUGCUCUGCGUCUGCUCCGCUUCCGCAGAAGAUGGCGGCCUCCACGAGACAAGCCAUUAAUAGCACCGUCCGCGCGCCGCUCCGCCGCGGGCUGCUAAAAUGGCAUCGGAUUGGCAGCGACUCAGCGCGCAUGUGCGCACCCGCACCUCCGGGCAGCUCCGUUGGCUGCCCAAAUGUGCUGCGCAUGCGCUUUUCCUAGUCCGUACAACAACAUGGCGGCGCCCAGGACAUUUGCAGUUUCGGUCAGGAGGGUGGAGACGGCGGCUGCGGAAGGCCAGAAAACCCCAGUGCGGCCAAGAGGUGGCUCUAUGGCCCUCCUGGGGCUUUGUCAAGCUGCACGGUCUGCAGCGGAAGGAAGCGGCCCAGAGGCUUUCGCCCAGGGUCGGGAUUUACGGUUAUACGAUGCAUCUGAAUGGUGCUGGGGGGGCUUUGCUGUCAGGGAACAGAUCCACCGCAGCUGCAGCUCCGAGGUGGGCAGUCCGUGCCGCCUCUUUCAGCAUGGAGCUGUCCACUGCCCCACGUGUCCCCGCAGCCGCCACGUGAACCCCAAGGGAGCGGGGCCGGGCCCUCGUGCCUCGGGGCCACUGCAAAGGAGCGGGUAUUUCCAGCACAGCCGGUGUGCCAAGAUGUCCAUCAACCCCCCGCGGUGAUGGUGGCAGCGGCCUGCUAGCCCUGGUGCAGGAAGACGGCGAGCGCUGGCUGGACGCCCCUUCUCGUUCCCUGUGACUCCGGGUGGAAAAGAGGCUCAGGAGCCAAGCCGGGUCCUGGUGGCAAAGCCGAGGCACAUACUGCCAGGUCCCUCGUCCAGCCCAUUGCACAACUUCCUCAGCCCCCAUCCACCGGCAAGCGUGAGCUUGGAGCAGGCCUUGGCCCGCAGACACCACAGGGAAAGGUGCCCGGCCCAAUGCAGAUCCCCAGUCGCUUGCCUUACCACGGCCAUGCAGUUGAGUCCCAACUCAUAAGAACACGAUCACCGUGCCCUGGGUGAGACCAGGUCGUCCUGCCCAGUCUCAGGGUGGAGAGUGAGUGCUGAGAAGGGGUGGUUGGUUUUCCCCCUGUUCCUCUCCCACCUGCAGCCUCCAGCUUUUUAGGUCUAGAAAGCUCCGACCCAGCAGCUGUGCCCCUCGCUCUUGUGCUCCAUAGUGACUGAUGCCCCUCUCCUCCAAGGAUGUGUCCAAACCCUUUGUGACCCUGGCUGAACUCGCAGCUUUCACCACAUCCGGUGACAAGGAGUUCUGUCCUUCAAUUGCAUGCGGCGUGAAAAACAACUUCCUGUUAUUCUUGCUGAUGCCUCCCUCUUCAGGCUGCUGGACCCUCUUGUUGGGAAAACCCAAGGUGAAAGCCUCCCCAACAAAAUCAGGAGCCCAAGCCCACCUAGACACACUGAUUUGUUCCGUGAUGGGGUUUUACCCUGGCGGGAUCGAGGUGAAAUGGUUGAAGAACGGGCAGGAGCAGAUGGCCGGAGCGGUGUCCACGGAGCUGAUGCAGAACGGAGACUGGACCUUCCAGAUCCUGGUGAUGCUGGAAAUGACCCCCCGGAGCGGGGACGUCUACACCUGCCAGGUGGAGCACAGCAGCCUGCCGGGCCCCGUCACCGUGCUCUGGGAGGCACAGUCAGACUCAGCCAGGAGCAAGAUGCUGACGGGGGUCGGGGGCUUUGUGCUGGGGCUGAUCUUCCUGGCACUGGAACUCCUUGUCUACCUGAGGAACAAGAAAGUUAUAACUAAACUAAAGAACCCAAUCUGUUACUUAGGCGGGAGUGGAUUUUUGGGAAGGUGAGAGUGAGGAACACACCAUUUUGGCGGGACACCUCAGCCAGCCGAGCUGCCUGAAAGAUUGUGGGUACGUGUCUACCAUACAACUGGUCCAAUAAAAGGUAUAUCCUACAAACCCUUGCCUCUCUUAACUUGUGUUAAAUUCUCCAGGCACAUUCCCUUCCCUGUAGUGUUGCAUUCACACUACGUUAUAUCACAACUCAUUGUGUAACACAGUGUCAUGCCAUGGCCAAAGGUGGAAGGAGGCAAAGUGAGGCUUCAUUAGCUUAUGACAGUCAUGCAUCAAGGCAAUUAUUUUCCUGAGAAAGUUUGAGUGCAAGAUGUGGCACUUCAAGGAGCUGCAGUUUACAAACAUUGCCUGUUCCAUGUAUUCUCAUUUUCCAACCUGUACUUCUAUUAGGUGUUUUUUCCUUCAGGGUUAGCUUUCCUAUUACCAUUUCCCACUCCUACACCAUUCAUGUGUUUAUCUGCUGUCCCUACCACAAUGACAUCAGCUGUAACACAGCUGGAAGCUAUAGCCCCUGCUGUUAACAGGGACAGCACACUUCAGUCAAGGGACCUGGCCAAUCCAGAACACAGACCUCUAUUUUCCAUUCCUUUUUUAGUUAGUGAACAGCUGGGAUUUGGGUCUAUCCUUAGCACAGUACAGUUACCCUUUUCCCCAGUCUAAGUAGUUUCAUACCUAGCACUAACUUCAGUCAUUCCACUGGGGUAUUCUGCUAUAAGUUCUUUAGGGUCCUAGCAAACUGCUUUGCAGGGGCAGAAGAAUCAGCUACGGGGGCAGAACUGGACAAGAUGCCACACGGAGUUUGCUCCAUCCAUAAAUCUGGGUCUCAGCUGCAUGUUUAUGUACCAUGAGCAUACUUACAAAGCCAGGGCUGCAAUACCAUCCUUUCCAUCGAUCUUGUGUUCUCUCUCCUGUUCCUGUAAAAAGCCUCUCGGUGGGUUAUCUAUGCGAUUAGCUACAGCAGGGCUUUCCAACUGAUGGGCUAUGAUCUCAUGCUUUCUUGUGGGAAGAUGGAAUGGGGACUCAUGCUGGGAUCCCAGGAUCCAUGACAUGGGUCCCCAUGACAUGUAGUGACCAUGACAUGCAGGCUAGGGCCUGGAACCAGUAUGGCACACAACCCCCAGCCCCUUGAAGUUGGACCCUAGAGACAAAAGCCCAGAGGGAAAUAACGGACCAGGGGACCUAAAUGAAAAAUAGGGAAGGAAGCAGUGGCAGAAGCCUUAACAAUGGUCUCAGGAAGAGGACAGGUUAGUCCGUUAGGCCCCAGAAAUAUCUAUACAGGAAACCUGCACAGAUUUGCGAUUCACGGUUUUGAAAAUUCGCGGUGUGCUGCGCCAACCCACGCUCUCUCCCCACACAGCGUGAUGACACUUUCUUACUGCACUCUGCAAGUAAGGGGUGGUUCUUGAAAUUAAAAAGAGGCACAGUCUACGUAAUAUAAAAGUUGAUUGGGGGGUGGGGAGGAGGAACAAUAAAUUAAUAAAUAAAUACAAUCGGCGUCAGCAGACCAUGAAGGAGCGCAGGAUUAUCCCCUACACCUUCUUAAAGUCAUUGAGGAAAAGGGUUACAUGCCUAAACAAGUUUUCAAUGCAGAUGAUGCAGCACAGUAUUCGCAGGGAUCUCUAGAAAGUAUCCCCCGCAAAAGGCGAGGGUCUCCUGUAUACGGAAAGUGAGAAGUGGGCAGACAAAACAGGAAGAAUUGCAGGGGGGGUGGAUCAGGACAAGCACAGGUUUAGGAUGUUUGGGGGAUGACAGAGAGACAGUGGGAUAGGUUACAUGGCAUAAAAUUCAUAGACAGGUGUAGCUUGUUCAGGAAGGAUGGACAGAGUAAAGGAGAGGUCUUGCCCUCUAUACAAAGGCAAUGUCCACAGGUUUAGGGGUGCAGCACGAAGUAUGAGGGAGGCCUCUUGACAGCCUCUGGGCAAAAGGUCAGGGACAAGAGACUGGAAGGGGGUGGAUUUCACGGUGGCCACCUGCUACAGGCCUUUAUAUUAGGAGGAGGUGGCAGAUGUGGUCUCCUUUAAACAUGUGACAGAAACCUCCAAACCACACAACUCUGUUCUUCUCGGGGGGGACUCUACAUCGGGACAUCUGUUGGGAAGGAAACACAGCAGUGCACAGGCAGUCUAGCCAAAUCCUAGAGCAUGCCAGGGAUAACUUUUCAAUACAGAUGAUGGGGAAAAUCUUUUCCCCUCUUUGACUUAUUUACUGCUCAAAUCCAGGCAGAAAUUGGUUGGGAAGGCAAAAGGUGGAAGGUAAGUGGGUGACAGCAACCCCAAGAUGACAAGAGUUCAGGAUCCUAUAGGAAGGAUGGUAGAAAGAAAGGAAAGCAACAAAACAAGGACCAGAAAAGCAAACAACGCCCCCCCCAAACCCCCCGCCCCCCAAAAAACAACCAAAAAAAACCUAUAACAAACUCAGGAACCUGGUGGGGAAGAUCCCCUAGGAGGCAAGCCUGAGGGUAAACAGUGCAGGAGAACUGGCUGCACUUUAAGGAGGCCCUUUCAAGGGUGCAAGUGCAGUCUUGCCAGGAUAGUUUGCUGUCUCAUCAAGGAGUUGAAACUCAGAAAGGAGUCCCAUAGCAGUAGAAGUCUGGUCAGAAGAGAAAUGCAGGGAGAGCAUUAGAAAGGCCAAGGCAUGACUUGAGAUGCAGCUGGGAAGGGACAUAGAGAGGCAAUAAAGAGGAUUUUAGAGGAAGAGGAUGACCAAAGAAACCAUCAGUCCCUGAUGGAACAGGGAAGGCAACCUAGUUACAGAUGAUGUGGAGAAGCCUGAAGAAAGUAUUUAAUACCCUUCCUACUUUAGCCUUCAUGAAUAAGGGCAGCUACCAGGAGAUGAGUGCAGUUG